AUGAAGCUGCAUCGAGCUUUCCUUCUCGCCAUCACGGUCAGUGGUGUUCUAGCUGAUGCUGGGGGCAGGACAGGACACGGAUUAGUCGGCUAUGGCAUACAAAUGUUCAAACCCGCCUGCGCGUUUGCGUGCCGGGACGCCAUAUCCGGGGCAACACUCAAGUGCUCCACCGCCGGAGCUGCCGACAUGGGUGGUAUGGCUGGCAUGGACGCCGGCAUGGUGAUGACCGAUGCCAGCUGUUACGCUACGGACGACGCUUUUCUUCAGACGCUCGCAUGGUGCGUCUCGAUCAAAUGCCAAAGCAUCCCGUCUUGGAGACUCGAGAAGUACUGGCAAGACAACGUCGCCGGUACCGCCGCUGUCCAGCCGGACCCGAAGGAAUCCUAUCAGCAAGCUUUGAUGAGAGUCAAUAGCACACCGGACGCUCUCUAUGCUAGUACUGGACCGCUGAACCAGACGAGCCGGAUUUCCGAUGAUCUCUGGUACGCGGCUUAUAAUACCGACACAAUCUUUGAGGACCAGGAGAGUAUGCAGGAAGGAUACGGUCUCAUCAUCCUCCUGUCAGGGGUCGUCAUACCAAUCAGUUUAUCCCUUCUCCGAUUCUUCCCAUUUCCUACGGCAUGGCGCUACUUCUUCAAUGCCUGGAUAAUCGAACCUCCAUUGUUUGGGAAGCAUCACGACACGCCAGUACUGUUCGGCCUCGUUUUCAUGCCCAAGCGCGGACAAGCAAUGUUCAUCUCGUACUUCAUCAUCAUCAACACAGUUCUAUCGGCAGUCAACUACGAAUACGCCGACCCCAACACCUGGUAUCCCGGCGACAAAUGGCGCUGGAUGUGCAUGCUGGUUUCCAACCGCCUUGGGUUACUCAGUUUCGCCAACCUGCCACUGGUUUUUCUGUACGCCGGCCGGAACAACAUCCUUCUGUGGAUAACGAACUGGUCGCACUCGACCUUUAUACUUCUUCAUCGAUGGAUUGCCGCAAUAGCAACUCUCCAAGCAAUAUUGCAUAGCAUUAUUUACUUGGACGUCUACGUCAAGAAUGGAACACACGCUUCAGAGUCUCAGAAAUCGUUCUGGUACUGGGGAAUCAUCGCUACCGUUGGCUUGGUCAUCAUGUUCCCCACGUCGGUCAUCCCCAUACGCAGGAAGAUAUACGAAGCCUUCCUGGCUUGGCAUGUUGCCAUCGCGGUCUUGGUCAUUGCAGGCUGCUACUGGCACAUUGUGUUCGAAUUCAGCCAUCAGUGGGGUUACGAGGUUUGGAUUAUUAUGUGUAUGGCUGUCUGGGGGCUUGAUCGCGUUUUUCGGGUCGCAAGACUCGCGCAAUACGGAGUGAAAGAGGCAACCAUUACGAGCAUCGACUCUGACUACGUUCGCGUUACCAUCCCGGAUGUAUCGGCAAUAGGAGUCGCCUACCUCUACUUCCCAACUCUUACCUGGCGCAUCUGGGAGAAUCACCCUUUCUCAGUUGCUUCUAGCAUCAUUCAUCCUGCUCUUCAACAAGCUCAAAAUACAUGUGGUUUCGCAAAUGACCUGGAGAAGCACGGUGGAAUUACAACCUCUGCUACAACAACGGCAUCACCCAUCAGCAGCCAGCCCUCCGAUGGUCCCCGCGCGUGGCAUGGGCAAGCUUCAACUGGCAUCACAUUUUACGUCCGAAUUCAAACAGGCCUCACUUCCGCUCUGGCCAGUCGAAGCUUGGUGCCUGUCCUUGUGGAGUCCGGCUACCCUUCUCACUCCCCUUUGACCGAGUCGCCGCUCAAGUCCCCUGUUCUAGUGGCAGUCGCUGGCGGGGUGGGAAUCACGGCUGUUUUGCCCUAUCUCUCGAUGCAUACUGGUCGAACUAAGCUAUUUUGGGGAUGUCGAACACAAGCGCUCGUUGACGAUGUUGAGCGCCUCAAUGCUCUGUCCAGGGUCGAGAAGGAGGUGUUUGUGGGAGAAAGAAUGUCUGUUCGGGAUUGCCUUGACAGAGAACUCGUCGGAGCCAGAACUGAAACGUGUGUGCUUGUUUCCGGACCGGAAGGGCUGAUCGACGAAGUGAGGAGUGUUGUUUUGGACAUCUCACGCAAAGGCACAGGGUCGAAGGUUAGGCUUGUUGUUGAGUCCUUCAGCUGGUAG